AUGCAAGCACUUAAGUCGUAUCUGGCAGAUGAGAAACCCCGACAACUGUACUAUCUCAAUGCCUUCGUUGAAGCCCGUGAAUUGUUUCAACGGCAACAAACCCAAAUCGUUCGGCAAAUGGCUGUUUUAAAAACGACCAGGCCUCCCCCAUAUGAUGAAAUUAGAACCCAGGAGGAACAAUUGGAUAGAACCCUCGUCUCUUUCAACUAUCCCGAACCACAAGCCCCCCAACCGCCUGAAUCCAGGGCAGGAGACAGGACAGGAGUCGGUGGGGGAGGUGGCGCGGGACCCAGGGAAAACGUAACUAAUCCUCCCGCCGCUGCCCCUUCUCGAGGCGCAUCAAGUACCUCGCCGCCUAACCCUUCCACAAGUGCGUCCAAUAUAGAAAACCAAGUAGAUUCGGACCUAGGACCCCCACUUAACGGACAACUUCUCAACGGAGAAAGAGAGGGACCCGUCUCCAGUAGAACCCGGAAUAGGGAUAAUCUGCCGAACGGAGAAGUAGAGGGAGCUUUCCCCCUAAGAGCAUUACCUAUACCCCCAACCAGGGCAGGAGACCCACCCCGCAUGGUCUUUACUCACCAACCCUUCCUCACCUCGGACUUAAUGAACUGGUCCGACAAGAUGCCCUCCCUACGGGAUGACCCCGACAAAUGUCACCGCCAGGUGGCCACCAUCUUCUCCACCCACAACCCAACGUGGGCGGAUGUACAUAUGUUACUUGGGGCUCUUUUUAAUGAGGCAGAAAAGAGGGAAAUACUGGCAAAGGCAGGAGAAGCUUUAGCUCAGGAAGGCUACCAACCGAACCGACCUGCCUCGAUGGCCCCCCUGACCGCCCAGACACUACUUAAUGACCCCGACUGGGACUAUAACACUGAAAAUGGCAUAUGGGGUUUAAAAUUUUUUAAGAAAGGCAUCCUAGAUGGUAUCAAAGCUGCGGGACAGCGAACCGUGAACUGGACCAAAGUCCAAGCCGUCCUUCAAGGACCUGAUGAACAUCCAUCCGACUACUACUCAAGGCUAGUCUCAGCCAUUAAAACCUGGGGGGAAUAG